AUGCGCUUGUUGUUGGUGGGGAUGGUGAUGGAGUCGGCAGUGGGUUUUCUCCUCCCUUCUUCCUCUGUCUCCUUGAUGUCGAGCUUGAAGCAGCAGCAGGCGCUUGCUAUCAGAACCAUUCCCCACACAAGUCCUCGCCACAGGGGAGAGCGUGCAAUGUGCUCUGUGAGAAUGGCCGGAGGGCCGGCAGCACCAGGGGAUGGGAAGGUGAACGACAAGUUCAAGGAGCUCAUGGAGGAAUGCAAGGACUGGGGUCUUGUUCGAUGGAUCACCAUCAACUCUAACGGAGCGGUCUUGGAAACUGCGGCAAGCAUGGGGCUGAAGCUCUCUUUCUUCGAGAUCCCGGGGAAGGGCACGUACGCCACCAUCGCCUCAAGCGACAAGCUGUUCGAGUGCCAUAUCAAUCUUGAUAAAGCACAGAAAGUCACGUUCUCUGAGGAACCUGCCAAAGUUGGAGGCCACCCACUCUAUGUGAUGCGUAUCAAGGACGCUGCUGACGGCAUUCUUCUCUCUUGCAUGCUUCAGUAUGAUCCCGAGAAAGGGCCAGGACAAUACUUUUCUGGAAGCGUAGAAGCGUUCAAGCGGGUCCAGAGCAAGUACGGGAAAGAAAUCGCGCUGAAGUGA